AUGAUGAAUUAUAACACCAAUCAACUACAAAUUCGGAAUAAUAAUAAAUAUGAGAAUUUCCCUCAAUCUCAUCAAUUGAUUACCACUCUUAAUGGCUCUGUUGCAACAUCGCAAACGCUGACUACGACAGCUACAUUUAAUAACAAUAUUAACUCUUCAGCAUCAAAUGGCAACGCUAAUGUUGCUGGUUCUGAAGAUGAAAUAUCGAAAAAACUGCCAAAGGAAAUUUUAUUACGCAUUUUAUCAUAUCUUGAUGUCGUGUCAUUAUGUCGUUGUGCUCAGGUAUCAAAAUAUUGGAACAUUUUAGCUCUUGAUGGAUCAAAUUGGCAGAAAAUUGAUUUAUUUUAUUUUCAAAUGGAUAUUGAGGGUCCAGUCAUUGAGAACAUUUCUCAGCGCUGUGGUGGAUUUCUCAAAUAUUUAUCACUCAAGGGAUGUCAAAGUGUUGGCGAUCAAUCUAUUCGUACUUUAGCUCAACACUGCCAUAACAUUGAACACUUAGAUUUAACAGAAUGUAAAAAGAUAACAGACGCUGCAAUAGAUCCAUUAAGUAAACACUGUCCCAAAUUGACUGCAAUUUCGCUAGAAUCAUGUUCACUAAUCACAGACUUGUCAAUGAAAGCUUUAUCUGACGGAUGUCCUAACAUUUUGGAAAUUAACAUUUCUUGGUGUCACUUGAUAAGUGAAAAUGGAAUCGAGGCACUCGCUCGUGGGUGCAAUAAAAUUAAAAAAUUUAGUAGUAAAGGAUGUAAAAAAGUUAAUGAUCCAGCACUAAACGCUCUAGCCAAUUUUUGUCCUAAAAUUGAAAUAUUGAACUUACACAGUUGUGAUACUUUAACUGAUUCAUCAGUUCGAAAUAUUACCAUGAACUGUCCAAAUUUGCGUCAGAUGUGUGUCUCAAAGUGCGCUGACCUUAGUGAUCAAACUCUAGUUUGUUUAGCCAAUAAUAAUCCGUUUUUAAGUACACUCGAAGUUGCUGGAUGUCAUCAAUUUACAGAUCUAGGAUUCCAAGCUCUUGGAAAAAACUGCAAAUAUUUGGAAAGGAUGGAUCUUGAAGAAUGCUCUCAAAUAACUGACGUAACUUUGGCACAUUUAGCGACUGGAUGUCCAAGUUUAGAAAAAUUGACCUUAUCACAUUGUGAGCUUAUAACAGAUGAUGGAAUUCGUCAACUAGCAGCCGGUAGCUGUGCUGCCGAAAGUUUAUCCGUCCUUGAAUUGGAUAAUUGUCCUUUGAUAACCGAUGCAACAUUAGAACAUUUAACUUCAUGUCAUAAUCUUCAGAGAAUUGAAUUAUAUGACUGCCAAUUAAUAUCAAGGAAUGCCAUAAGAAAGCUAAGGACUGUAUUGCCUAACAUAAAGGUUCAUGCAUAUUUCGCUCCAGUCACACCGCCAGUUGGAAUCAUUGCUGGUAUGUUUGUGAAUCCAAGAUAUAUAGAUGUGUUCAUACAAAGUACAAUCGACAUUACAGAAUUCAGUGAAGACCUUUAA